AAUCGUCGCCCAGCACCAGCAAGCGAAUUGUCCUCUUGGCUGCAGGCUUCACGAGCAGCACAUACUGCUGACAUGGCAACUAUCAUACCGAUGCAUCAGACCAAUGUAGUUUCCUGGCGAGAACCCUUUGUCGGUCAGUCUACCGCCUCGCCAAAUAGUAGAUUCGGCCACCCGAAUGCUGGACCGACUGGAAAGCGUCGCAAUUUGGCUUCAUUAGAGCCUGGCGGCGAGGUGGCCGUCCCUCCGGGUUACGACUCUGCCACCAGCCCCUCGACAGGUCAUAUCAAUACUGACUUUUCAUUAUGUCGGGCGUCUUUAUUGACUACAUCCUCACCUGGCACUUGCAGUGAACCAGAAAUUAUCGCACAGAACGGAGCUAUCUCGGUGGCCAAAUCGGCUCGUUUAAGCCUCAUGACUAGAUUUGGUUCAAGUGAGAUGAUGACCCAGCCGACACGUUCAUGGUCGAGAUUGCUGGCUGUUGAUAGUACCAGGUGCCCCUCAAGCCCGGGUACUGGCGGUGGAAUCGCUUACACUCCUUCCCCUCCUUACCAUGCAACUGGCUAUUCUCAAGGGGUGUCACAUGGUGCUGCUAUAACUGGAACAGACAUUGGUAUUUCUUUGCACGGAUCGAGCUUCCCUGCCUCUCGACCGAUCCCAUGCUCAAAUAUCGCAUAA